CAGUAGAUAAGUGUCAAAUAUAAUUUUUCGUAACAUUUUUAUAUUGUUUCGAUCCAGUUCCACUAAAAUUGAAAUAGGUCUGCAAACACAGAAAUGAGUAUAUUUGUGUAAUGUGGAUACAAACAAAUAAAGUGCUAAAUUCAGUAAAUUUAUCAUGUUUUUCAGAAAUGUUUGGUCUAUUGCUGAACUAACAAAUAAUUGUAAAUCAUUACUCCAGCAACAAAGCCGAAGUACCGUGGGAUAUGUUCGCAUUCAGACCCGCAAUGCAUUCAACAAUUCACGGCGCGGUAAACGACCUGUUAUUGAACCAGACCCAUUAGAAAAUAUUCAGAUAGAGUCUGGACCACUCCAUGCUAAAGGACUUCUAAGGCCAUUCUUUUUCACCAUAGGGGUAUCUUCAGCAAGUCUACUUGGCUGUGUCAUCUGGGAAUAUGAGACUCUUCGUGCUCACACUACUACUCUGCUCCGGCGACCAGGCUCCUGGUUGAAUGCUCAGCAGAAAAAAAUCUUGGCACAGUUUAAACCAGAACCAGGUCCCGUGCAAAAGUGGUGGCGUUCACUGAAGGAUAGUGAGAAGGUGUUCUACCCAAUACUAGCUGCUAAUGUCCUUGUGUUUGGCGCGUGGCGAGUGCGCGCUUUUCAGCCCUUCAUGGUCAAGUACUUCUGCUCCAAUCCUUCAGGCAGUGCAAAGUGCUUACCAAUGAUCCUCUCCACAUUCAGCCAUUAUUCUCCUCUCCAUUUAAUGGCUAACAUGUAUGUCCUCUACAGUUUUAUGCCAGCCGCUGUAGCGUCAUUAGGCAAGGAGCAGUUCGUCGCCAUGUACUUAAGUGCUGGUGUGAUCAGCAGUUUUGCCAGUUUCCUCUACAAGGUGGUCGCCAACCAGCCUGGCCUUAGUCUCGGAGCAUCGGGAGCAAUCAUGUCAGUGCUGUCAUAUGUGUGCGUGCAGUACCCUGACACCAGGCUGAGCAUCAUCUUCUUGCCAAUGUAUACAUUUGCAGCUGGAACAGCAAUAAAGGCAAUAAUGUGUAUGGACUUGACAGGAGUACUUCUAGGCUGGAAGUUCUUUGACCAUGCUGCACAUCUUGGAGGUGCUUUAUUUGGAAUAGCUUGGUGCCAUUGGGGUGGCACCCACAUAUGGGCAAAUAGAGACAAAUUCCUGCAGUAUUAUCAUGCUUUGAGAAAAAAUGACACUGGCAGGUAAUAGUACAAUUUCAUGAUGUGCGUAACUGUAAUGACCAAAUUAUGUGUAGCAAGUACCUACUAUAUAUAACCUUACGUGACAGAACUUAUACAAAGUAAAAUCAUAAAAUUCUUGUGCUUUGAAAAAAUUAUAAAAUAACUUGUUAACUUGUGGAAACCCAUUACAAUUAAGAUUUUCUUUUCUUUAUGGGAUGACAAUCUUAAGUUCUGCUAGUGGUGACCUACAUACAUAAAGUAUCAAACUAUAUUGUUUGUAAUAUAUUAAUUGUGUUAUGUAACAAAAUAAUUAUAUAUAUUUUAUUGUUAUGCAAA